CUUUAUAUCGGCUCUCUGUGCGCCGCUUCCAUGCACAGCGGCAGCACAGUAUCUCCAUGUAGCUUUUGACAAGUCGAGUACUCCGGAGAGCGCGUCCUGUUACCUCUCUCCACAGGCACCCAGGCAGGAAUGGUCAUCCCGGGACAGGGCUGGCACUACACUGUUAUCUGACUAGCGGGGCAAAGAGCUGUGGGAUCACACUGUGUAUGCUGCACACCUGGGUUCAUGGAUCAGAGAAUACUCAUCAUAUUGGGACUUCUGGUCACGUCUAACACAGGGUUUGCUCUUGCUCUUCUGCCUCAGCUCCCAGGGGGUAAGGGAAGCUUCCAGGUCAAGGAAGGGGGAAGAAAAGCUGGCAGAGCAGAGGAGGAGUCUGCCGCUCUCUUUCUACAGUCAGGGGUGUCUCUACCCCCUGGGUCAGCUUCUCCUGGACCUCAAGGAACCCCAAUUCCUGGAUAUGAGCAGAUUAGUCCCAGCUUUCACCUGGAGCCGGAUUCUGGUGGUGCACACAGGAGGGAUAGGCGCUGUACAUGUUACACAUACAAGGACAAAGAGUGUGUGUACUACUGUCACCUAGACAUCAUCUGGAUCAAUACGCCUGAGCAUGUUCAGCACCAGGACACCCCCGGUUGUCAUGGGUACCAGGGAGCACCAAUAAAGAACACGUCAUCACCCACCAACUUCACUCGUGUGGUGGACUGGAGAAGGACGGUGCCAUAUGGACUUUCCAGUUACAGAGGAAGCGUACGAGAAAAACGAGCUGUGGAAAAGAGGCGGAUGAGCCUCCGGUCCCCAUCCCGGUGUUCGUGUACAGAUCCCAGGGACCAACACUGUGGAAGUUUUUGCAAAGACAGGACAAACAGGUCUGAAGGUGCCAUUUAGGACAAGCAAGUCUGACGUGAAGACUCGUUGUAUUAGGCUGACAAGCAAAUGGCGGACACAGCAGCCCGUUAAUUAUUCAGGCACAAGAGACAUUAAGUAUUCUGCAUCUACAGAUAAUGUCCUUACCUCACAUCCAGUAUUGGUAUAAAGUGAAGAAAGAGAGUGGGCCUGUCCUACUGAGGAGAGAUUCAUCCAUUAUAGUCCAGCCAUUCACUCAGUCACCUCUAAGGGGAUUGCAAUAUAUUGUGUAUAUAUAUUGCAGUAUGCUGCAGACCUCCAAAUGCUUUUUACACAGAAGAAAAUACUAUUUACACAACGCUUAUUGGAUAUAUAUUUUUCAAGUACCAUCAUUUAAUACAAAGAAUCUGUGUUAAAUCUAUUGCAUAUCUUCUAAACAAAUAAUUAUGCACAGGAAAGUUUUGCCUGACCGUUAUCAUCCGAUUCAUUACAUGUGUACAGCCAAGACUAGUGGUCCUUGGAACUGGUCACCACAGUGACAUAUGGAACCCAUAACUCUUUAUCAUGCUGCAUACUGGGAAAUCCCAACCUAUAUAGAUGAGAUAGAGGGAGCAUUGGCGGCAAAAGGAAAUGAUGUGCUUGGUACAGUACAUUGCCUAAUAGUGUUUAACCUACAGUAUGCACUGAAAAGGAAUCUGGACAUCAAGGUAAUCAACCUGUCCAGCCAUACAAUGCGUCUUUACAUUCACAGUCACUCUAGACAGCAGAGAGGAGUGGAGCGUGGCACCCCAACUUGGUCCUAAUGUGUGUGAAAGGAUUACCAGAUGAACUGUGGCACAGAAAUCCACCAUGUACACUAUUGCCACAAACUGUAUCUGUUCAACUCUGGACAUACAACUAUCCAGCUACAAUGUCUUUUGUCACCAUGGACUGAAACUGUCACUGGAAGCAAUUUUAUUACAAGAAGUCCAUCAGAUUUUUAGAAAAAAAAAAAACAUCCCACAGCUGUACAUUUUAGAGAUCCUCAGGCAACCUCUGGCUGGUAGGGCAUUCUGGUACUUACAGUUCAACAACAGCUGGAGAGCCACAGGUUGCCUACUUCAGGAGUACGUAUAUAAACAAUGAUAAAAAAAGAAUAUUUUCUUUAAAUGAAAAUAGUGAGUAAUAGCUCAUAUGUUUUGGGAAGAUAAAUAAUAAAAAACACCAUUUUGAAAGAUA